AACAGCCAGACGAUUAGACAUCAAUUCAGAAAGAAUACGAGCAUCAUUUCAACACUUAAGAGGAAUAAUGAACGCAGUAAGAACACCUGACGAACCAGUAGAAUUAUCAUUCAGAAACUUUUCAAUCGAACUCAACGAUUUACAAAUCAUCGAAGAUUAUGUAGACGCAACACAAUGGGAACAUUACAUUAUACUCAGAGCAAACACUAUUAAAGAUAUCGAUUUACGAUAUAAUAAAGGAUUCAAAGAAAUAAGUAUAAAUAAUCCCAACUAUACAUCACCACUAGAAACAAAAAGACUCAAAGCAAACUCAGAAGAACUACCUGACCUAUCUCAGCAAAUAGACCUUUCAUACAUACAAAAAAUUGAAGAUGAACUCUCUUACUAA